AAAUAAGCCCAGAUUCCGCGCCGCUCUACGCUUCUUUCAUUUCAAUUUCAAAUAUUUCUACACGAAAUAAUCACUGUGGCGUGUCUGCGAACUAAAUUAGUUACAAGGAAAAUGGACGAGAAAAGAGGAAAAAUAGAAACGAUUGUUCUCUCCUCCUCUGAAGAAGAAGAUUACAAUAACGAUUCCGAAGACCAAUUCAGCGAUUCCGAUGAACCGUCUGAAUCAGAUGACACUGAAAUCGAUGACGAAGAAGAUGAAGAUCGCGACGAACCAACCGGAUCGGAUGAUUGUGAUAUUGACGACGAAUCCCUCUCCGAAAAAGUUGUCUCUCUCCUUCAAGAUGGAAAGGAUAUAGAUUCGCUGAAAUUAAACGAAUGCAAAGCUUAUUUACGGAAACAUGGAUUGAGGCUUGCGGGAAAUAGAGCAGUUUGUAUUGCCAGGAUAAAAGAACAUUGGAGGUUAAGACAUGAAAGUGGGUACACCUUGUAUCCAAGAUCAUCCUUCAACAUUAAUUGUACAGGUGAUGUCUGCAUGGGAGAUGUGGUUCUGUUUAAGCAAAAGGUUUAUGAAAAAUUUAGCAAAAUGACUAGGCAUGGAAGAGUUAUAGGAAACAGAACUGUUGCUGGGAGGGUUGUAAAGGAAAGCUAUGGUGCAGCAAAACAACAACAUACCUUCACUAGCGCAUUUGCUCUCUUGGCUGGUGAAGUUGAGGUGUUGUGGAGUAGCGGGGUUAGGAAAUUACCUCCACUUUCUCCUUUGCUUGUAAAGGGCCGUAAUCUCUAUAAACAGAAAACUUACAGACAGAGAUGGAAAAAUGAAGCUGAUAGGGUCAAAGUGCUAUCUGAGAAGCACAGACGUGGUGCAGCAGCAAGGUCUGUAAGAGCGUUGAAGCAGAAAAAGAAAAGCUGUUAUGCAAAUGGAUCUAAGGGUUCUAAGCGGCAGCAUGAAGCCCAUAAUACCAAACGAUCAAAAAAAGGAAGAUCACGUGAUCUAAACAAGGUUAGGCACUUUGAUGGCUCCAGAAGAGAAAACGAGUAUCAAAGUCAAGAGGCCUCUUCAUCAGCACAGACAACUUGGAAUGAGAGUGCAUCUUCAAGAGACUUCAGAACUGCAAGGGGAAGAGUACACAACUCUCCUGAAUUUGACCGCCAUCAACCCCCAGCCUAUCUAUUACAGGCUAGUAGUCGACGAGUUCCAUAUCCAUAUCAAGUAAAUUCUCAAAGCCAAAAUGGAUCAAAUGAAUUCACUUAUCACGCAAGAGGCCCAGUUUCAAAUACGAGAGGAUUCCCACCUUUCAGGCCUGGUGCUAGUGAAUUCACAUAUCACGAGAGAGACCCGGUUCCAAAUAUGAGAGGAUUCCCACCUUUCAGACCUGGUGUUAGUGAAUUCACAUCUAGGGCAAAUGUAUCUAGUGAUAGUUAUCGUGCGCACAUGAAACGAUACAACUUUGAUAUGAAUAAUUUGAAUGCAGAACAUAUUGACAGGCCAUUAUACUUGUCUCCUAGAGACAGGUAUGGAGGGAGAAAGUAUGGCAUAUGAUAUAUAAUCUGUUUCUCAUCGGGAAGACCCGCCUAAGAACAUUUUGGCUUCACCUUUUAACCGUCGCAUACCAUCGGUGUUCUGUAAAUGUACUUUUCGCCUUGGACUAGUGUACAUGGUAUUUUUGGAUGAAUAAUGAAUGGAGUGUAAUCAUCUUUUCCUUCUUCAAAUGUUUUUGUAGUUAUGGGUGUACAUAUACUUGUUGAGAAAAUGUAGUUUUAAAUGUUUUUUUAAUUGAGGGUAAUAAUUGAACUAGUGUACUUGUUGUUUUUGGAUGAUCAAUGAAAAGAGUGUAAAUGUAUAACCAUCCUUUCUUCGAAUGUGUUUGUAGUUUUUUGUUUGUUGAGAAAAACCAAAUUUUAUUGAUCAAAUACAAAUCCCACACUCAAAGAGGGGGAAUGAUUUGGAAGCUUCUCUAUCCUCCAUUACUUAUGAAAGAACUACUCAUGUCUUUUAAAAGUAUACGAACAUGUCAAGGGUGAGAAAAGAAGCUUCAGAUUUUGCAAGUGUACUUGGGUCUGCAUGUGUAUGACGCUUCUCCCUCGUCAUAUUAAAUUGCAGUUUUCU